AUGGUGUGUUUUGAGAAGUGUUUGUCAGUGCGUCGCUGGCUCACCUUUGUUACUGGUCUGGUGGAGUGUCUGUGCUUUGCAGGAAUUGUAUUUGGAUGGGCUUCACUUGUGUUUGUGCUCAAGAUGGAGGGAUACUUCAGCUCUUUUUGCCAAAACAUAACAGAAGUCAACAUAACAGAUAUUAACGUCACAGGAGUCAAUGGAACAGAUGUGUUAGACUGCGGGGAACAGGAUGGACAGUUCUCACUCAUUUUUACUGUUACUUCUGUUUUAUUAAAUCUUUCGACAUUUCCCACUGGAUUAGUCUUUGACUGGUUUGGCACGACAGUAGCUCGGCUCUGUGGAAUAUUUCUACAUACCACAGGUAUACUGAUGGUGGGCUUCUCAACACCAGCUUUGUCCGUUCUGCUCUUCCCAGCUCUUUGUCUGAUAGGAGUGGGUGGUGGGUUGUUUCUCAUCACCAACAUGCAGGUGGGAAAUCUGUUUGGUGCACGUCGCUCCACAGUCAUCACUCUCUACAACGGGGCCUUUGAUUCUUCUGCCGCUCUCUUCCUUGUAAUCAAGGUGAGAAACUUGUUGCAUGAGGUCCAUGUCUCCUUCCACAUCUCCUUCCACUUUUUAUCUGCCUGCAGCGUCAUUCACCUGCUCAGAACUCUGUUCCUGAUGCCUUGGAACUUCAUUCCUUACCCUCUCCCUGAACAUUAUACAUAUGGGUUAAUCUGUGGUAACUCAAAUACUCCAAACUCAGAGCAGACGGACAGGAACAAUGAAGCACAGAAUACAGUGAAUGAAACCCCACCUGACAGGACCGACACUGAGAGCCAAGGAGAGACUGAAUAUGAGGCAGACCUCCGAGCUAUGGUGCUUUCUCUCUUCCUGACGGCUCUGCAGUGUUUGUUGUUCUCAGUUUGUGCCACCAUCCCCAUCCUGCCUCUUCAGUACAUGACCUUCAUCCUGCAGGUUCUCAACAGCUCCUUUAUCUACGGUGGCCAUGCAGCCUUUAUUAGUGUAGCUUUCCCAGUGUGUCACUUUGGGAAGUUGUUCGGCCUGGUCAUUGCUCUGGCUGGACUGUUUUCUUUACUGCAAUAUCCCUGCUUCAUCCUUGUGGAUGACGUCCUUGAUGGAGAUCCUCUAUAUGUGAACAUUGCCCUGACGCUGCUCAUCCUGUUUGCGUUCAUCCAUCCCUUCUCCGUCUACCUGCAUUGUCGUAGUUUGGCUUCACAAGAAGCCCAUCGCUGCCUAAUUCCACUUUCAGAAGAACAUGACACUGAGCGCUUUCAGCUUCAGGCUGAACAGAGGCAGUGGAGUUUGGAGUUUGUGGGGAGUGGACCAGAGGAGCGGAUCAGAGUUUUUUGA